AUGCUCAUACUUUCGAUCACGCUACAAGUGUUGGGCAUUGAGCCAUACCUGACAGCCUAUGGCCUGAACUACGAAUCGCUGUUGGUGACAGCAGCCAUCAUCGGUUUUGGUGGAUCGUUCAUCUCACUGGCCUUGUCCAAAACCUUGGCCAAAAUGUCAACCGGUGCUAAAGUCAUCACCGAACCGAAAAACCCCACUGAGCAAUGGUUGUUAAAUACGGUUGCCAUGCAGGCACAGCAAGCCGGUAUUGGUAUGCCAGAAGUCGCAAUCUUUGAUUCGCCUGAUGCCAAUGCUUUUGCCACUGGCAUGACAAAAAACAAGGCCUUAGUAGCCGUGUCUACUGGCUUAUUAAAUAACAUGACAGAAAAAGAAGCUGAAGCCGUGCUGGGGCAUGAAGUCUCACAUAUUGCUAACGGUGAUAUGGUGACACUGACCCUGAUUCAAGGCGUGCUCAAUACGUUUGUCUUUUUUCUGGCUCGUGUCGUUGGUGACAUUGUUGAUAAAGUCAUUUUCAAAACGGAAGAAGGCCGUGGACCAGCCUUCUGGGUGACGACAAUUGUAGCCGAGCUUUUCUUGGGUAUUCUGGCCUCGAUCAUAGUGAUGUGGUUCUCACGUCGACGGGAGUUUCGUGCCGAUACUGGUGGUGCUAGUCUUUCCAGUCAUCAGUCCAUGAUUAACGCCCUCAAACGCCUGAAGUCUCUGCAUGAACCGGCGGCUCUGCCAAACGGUCUGACAGCGAUGGCUAUAUCCGAGCAUGAGCAGGAAAUCAAGGACAGUGUUAUCAAUGUCAUCCCUUCCUGUAUGCCCUAUGUUGAUGCCCUGUUUCAGCCCCGCAAAGUAGCUGACCGUCCGCCAGUUAUCCCUGAGGGUUCGACCAAUUUUGCCCUGAUAGACGGUCUAGGUUUACCUGUUGAUUUGGUGAAUGAUUAUCUGAUGCGACCGGCCACAACCUGGUAUGCGGGGCUGAAACAGGGCAUCAACAUAGGGCAUACAGGAAGGGAUGACAUUGAUAACACUGUCCUUGAUUUCCUGCUCAUGCUCUGUAAAAUUGAGGUGGUGAAUUAA